AUGCCGGGCACGCCUGGCAAUGAGAUAGGUACCCCCGUUGCUCCUACUGUCGAGCCUGACGAAGAGUUCACGUACGACGAUGCGACCUGGGUGCUGACAGCGGCCAUAGUUAUAUUCACUAUGCAAACCGGCUUCGGCCUACUCGAGUCCGGCUGCGUGUCGCAGAAGAACGAGGUCAACAUCCUCAUGAAGAACGCCGCCGACGUCAUCCUCGGCGGCCUCACCUACUGGCUGUUCGGCUUCGGCCUGCAGUACGGCACGGGCCACAGCCCCGACAACGAGUUCAGCGCCGUCGGACGGUUCAUGGUCGACGCUGAGCCGGACGACAUGGGCCUCGUCUUUUCGAGCUUCAUCUUCCAGUUGUCCUUCUCGACCACCGCCACGACCAUCGUGUCCGGCGCAAUGGCCGAGCGGGCAAACUAUAACGCCUACUGCGUCUUCUCGCUGCUUAACACCAUCGUGUACUGCAUCCCGGCCGGCUGGGUCUGGGGAGACCACGGCUUCCUGAAAAAGAUGGGCGCCAUAGACUUUGCCGGUUCCGGCUGCGUCCACCUGCUCGGCGGUGCGUCGGCCCUGGUGGCUGCGACGCUGCUGGGUCCGCGGCGCGGUCGCUUCGACGAUGCCAGCGAGAAGGUCCACAUGAGUCGCCCUACUAACGUGCUUCUCGGAACAUUCACGCUUUGGUGGGGCUGGCUUGUGUUCAACUGCGGCAGCUCGUUCGGCGUGAGACAUGACAAAUGGAAGUACGCGUCCAGGGCGGCAGUGACGACGAUUAACGCUUCUCUGGGCGGAGGCGUUGUUGGAGUUUUUUAUACGUACUUUACGACGCGCAAGUUUCUCGUCGACGAUAUCGUGAACGCCAUCUUGACCGCCCUCGUCGCCGUCACUGCCGGCUCGGGCUUCUACUCGGCCUACGAGAGCAUCGUGGUGGGUGUGACGGGCGCGCUGUUCGCCUGCUGGGUGCCGGCCGCCCUGGAACGACUGCACAUCGACGACCCCGUAGGGGCAGUAGCCGUGCACGGCGUGGGCGGCAUCUGGGGCCUGCUUGCAGUCGGCCUGUUCGCAGACGCCGACUCGCUGCUACGCUUGACGUCGGGCCGCAGCGGACUCUUCAAGGGCGGCGGCGCCUACCUACUCGGCGUGCAGGCCCUCGCGGCGCUCUGCAUCUCCGCUUGGAGCCUAUUCACCUCUUACGUAUUACUAAAGGGCAUCAGCUACGUCAUGGCCAUCCGCAUGACCGAGCUGGAAGAGGCGCUGGGCGCAGACCUGAUUGAGCACAACAUCAGCUACCCCGAAUACAAUUACAAUGCGGUACUGGCCCACUUCCAUGGUCGGGGCGUCGACGUGAGCGGCGUGCCUCGGAUCACGCAUCGCGGAGACUGGGACCGGCGCAUUUUCGACGAGUACCUGCUCGGCAACAAGAGCCACGAUUCUAUAUCGGCAGUCAGGGCGUUCGCCUCGGGCUACAUCGCGAAAGAGGCCCAUAGUAUUCUCAGGAACAGGGCAAUCACUCCACAUACGAUCAGUUGGUUUCCAGCACACUUGGGCCUAAACCUGGACUCGCUCAUCAAGCUCAAUGACAUUGCCCACUCUCAGCGUUUCAUCGUUUACAUCGCUGUCCUCGCACUCACGGCUGCUGUCGCCCUUGCUGGCUACCACGGUCACGGAGGCUACGGAGGUUACGGCGGACACGGCGGUGGCUACGGUCACGGAGGAUACGGCCACGGCGGGUAUGGAGGCCACGGUGGAUACGGAGGCCAUGGAGGGUACGGAGGCCACGGACACGGAGGAUACGGCGGCUACGGCAGGCGGUGA